CAUAACCUUACAUCAAACGUCACGCCAUAACCUUAGAUUUUAAGUGAAAUUAACAACAAAAAUGCUUAAAAAAUGUAUCACAAAUUUAGUCAAUUUAAGUUCUCAUAGCUCAUUAGCACAUUACUUAAGAUAUAUAUCAACAACAUCGUCUUUCAGAAGAGAAGUGACUGAUCGUAGAGAAAUGUUAAAAUCUCUUCCUUCAAAGGAAGAAGGAACUGUAGGAGAAAAGGCAAUUGAUAUAGAUUCUAUUAUUCAAAGAAAGGAAAAUGUAUUUCCUGACAUUGACACACCAAAUAAGCUUUUCAAUGGUACACCCUUCAAAGAACUUCCUAUUUUUCAUAUUAGAGUCUCAAAAAAUAAUACAAUUUUAGCCCUAACAGAUCAUAAAGGUAGUACUAAACUAAUAAGAUCUUGUGGUAUAGAAGGUUUUAAGAAUGCCAAAAAAGGCACAAACAUAGCAGCCCAAACAACUGCAAUAACUGUAGGAACUAAAGCCAUCGAAAAUGGAGUAAAAACUGUAAGAGUAACAGUUAGUGGACUUGGACCAGGAAGAAUGUCUUCAAUAAAGGGGCUUCAGAUGUCUGGUAUAAAUAUUGUAUCAAUAACUGAUACAACCCCUGUUUCUUGGAAUCCACCACGACCAAGAAAGCAAAGGAAACUUUAAAUUUUACUUAUAAUAGUAUUAUUAAAUUUACUUAUUCAAAGAGUAACUUAAUUGUAGUUUUAUAAUAAAAAUAAGUUAAUUAAACAAGA